AAAAAAAAAAAAAAAAAACUAGCGUUACCUAGAUACAUCUAACAAUGGCUAACUGUGUGGGUUUUCACACUCAAAUAGCCUCCAUCAUGGAGGUACUAGCGAAUGCAGCAGUGGCAGAGAUCUGUAAACUCGUUGACGACGACUAUGCAGUGUUUCGUUUAGAAAUAACUCAAAGCCAGAAAGAAAACAGGGGAUUGCGGAGGAAACUACAGCUACAGGAACUGAAGGUGGCACGGGAGCGCGCAGAGAGGACAAUACGAGAGCGCGUCCUCGCCAGUCGUCCCAGUAGUGUCAAGAUGCUUGACGGAUACAGAGGAAUGGCAAGAGGUGAAGGACAUCUCACUGGAGGCCACAGGAGCUUUGUGAAGCCAGCGGGACACAAUACAUGGAAAGAUGACCAACCAAUCACUGUUGAUGAGGGGAGUGGAACCUCAACCCAGCAUGUUAUUGUGAUAGAGUCUGUAGAUACAGAGGCUGCAGGUCCUGAAGGAUCGUCUCUGGUCAAGCAGGAGAAGACUGAAGGUGAGGAGGACCAACAGCACAGCAGAGACAUCCAGACUGGAGUGGCUGUAGCCACAGAGGACCCCACCAACGCCCCAGCAAAGCCCAGGACUCGACGCAGCAUCAUGGAGGUCAGUGGAACGCUGAACUCCGUCCUCAAUUCCGAGACAGAUACCAAGACUUUAACUGUAACACACAGGCUUUUACACACAGGAUCUGACCACAGAUCAGACCCAAAGAGACUUGGGCUGUGGAAACUGGGCAGUCCUCCUGCUCCCGGCUCAGACUAUGUACCGGUAUUUCACCAGAACGAGAGGACGGUUCAUUCCCGCGAGGAUGGUGAUGGUGAUACGUUACACACUGGCAGUGAUGAUCAGUCUUGUUCUUACGCUACAGAGAUGGACCCUGGCAACAUGCCCUUGGGUUUAGAGACACAGACUGAUCUGUCUAGAGGGGACUGGAACCAGUACAGUAGUAGUAUAUACUCGGAAGGGUGCCAAGAUAAGAAAGUGGAGGGUCUGGUUGUAGAGGAAGUGACUGUGAAAGUGGAGGGCGACAUUUCUCCCACAUGGAAUGCAGAUAGUCACUUAGGAGACGGACACGGACACUCACAGGGAAGAUAUUUCUUAGAUUACAGGGAAAGUUUAGAGAAAAAUCCAAAUGUCGCAACCCACUCGCCUUCAUACGCAUUCGGGGACCGUGACCCAGUGUCCACGUCGAUGGGGCCUUCCGAUUCACAUAGCCGCAUCCUUUUCGAUCAGGUAUUGCACUCAAACGACAAGGCUAGAGCCCAGGCUCGGGGAGGGGGAGAAACAUCAGACAAUAGUAAAGAGAAACGGUUCCUCUGCAUGUUCUGUAACAAAGGCUUCAGCAGCCCUCAGAGUGUGGAGAUCCACCAGAGGGUCCACAGAGGGGUUAAACCCUUCAGCUGUACCCAGUGUCACAUGCGCUUCAGCCAAUCUAGUGACCUGAAGAGGCACCAGAGGGUCCACAGAGGGGUGAAACCCUUCAGCUGUACCCAGUGUCUAAUGCGCUUCACCCAGUCUAGUGACCUGAAGAGGCAUCAAAGGGUCCAUACAGGGGAGAAACCCUUCAGCUGCCCCCAGUGUGACAUGCGCUUCACCCAGGCUGGCAGCCUGAAGAGGCACCUGAAGGUCCACACAGGAGAAAGGCCGUUCGCCUGUCCGCACUGCGGGAAGAGGUUCUCAGAGAGGAGAUACCUCAGGAUACACCAGCAGAAAAACCAUUCAACUCUAUAAACUAGAAACCAUUCCAUGUUAUAGCGUAUUACGUUUAGAUCAAACCCUGCAUUGUUGUCAGCAGAAAAGAUCCAUAGAUGCAUUUGGAGUAGUGAAAGUAACACAUUUCAGUGUUAAAUAUUCCUGUUUUGAAUAUUUAAUCUGACAACUUGAAUGAAACAUUUGUGAGGUUGGUAGUGGCCUAUAUUGCCACUCCUAUUUGCUAUCUCUUCAGUAUAAGCCUACAAGCCACUCAGGCGUGGAGGGAAGAAAAAGUCUAGUCAUUCUGCUACCCAAGAAUAGCAAAGCACCCUUUACAAACUCAAACAGCCAACCAAUCAACCUGCUACCAACCCUUAAACUUCUUGAAAAAAAAUUGUGUUUUACCAGAUACAAUGCUAUUUCACAAUAAACAUUAACAACUGACUUUCAGCCUGCUUAUAGGGAAGAGCACUCAACAUGUAUGGGACAUACACAAUGAUGAUUGGCUGGAAGAAAUUGAUAAUAAGAAGCUUAUGAGAGAUGUUUUGUUUAGACUUCAGUGCAGCUUUAGACAUUAUCGAUCAUAAUUUGCUGCUGGAAAAAUGCAUGUUAUGUCUUUACGUGCCCAUUUUUACCACAUUCUUGCCAGCAUACGCCUUUUAUACCUCCUAUGCGCAUGCCAGAAUGCAGGUGACGAGUGGCAGUAGUGGUGUGCAGAUGCUGGUGGGCGUUUAUUUGAAUAAAUCCAUUAAAUAUACACCUUCAAAAAUAUAUACUUUAUUUUUUUUGUCAGGCAGGUCCUAAGAAACAUAAGACUAAUAAUGUAUUUUCAAAGGUAUAGAAUAGGCCUAGCAUAGAGUUUAAUGAUGUUACGUACAAAUGAAUUAAGCCAAUAGUUCAUUAUUUUGUUCAUUAAACCCACGACACACACCUACCCCAUUCAGUCAACACGCUUGUAUUUUAUAGUAAGAAUAAAUACAUAAAAUACAAAUUAUAUUUUUCCUACACAACCACUGUCAUAUAAAGUGGUAUUCUGAAAUAGAAGCAUGUGCUUUUUUUUAUCCUUUUUUGAUCCACAUUUCAUCUUUUUCAUACCCUCACUCCGCUUUGUUAGGGAGCAGAAAAUAAGAGUCGAGUUCAUAUUUCACAAUCUCCGCAGGCUUUUGGAGUUGCCUUUACGCGAUCGAGCAAAAUAGUAGGUCUACGCUUGCUACAUUAUUGCAUUCAAUAUGUUUCUGAUUUGCUCAGCCAGAAACCAAUUAACCAAAUAGCCUGAGACAAAUCCGUGAAGUCGGGAUUAGGCGUAGGCUACUGAGCAACUGCGAGUGAAGGGCAAAAUAAUCCACUUGUUAAACUGCAUUGGCCUAUAUUACAUGCUGACACAAUGUUCUAACAAAUGAGCCAACUAUACAACAUGAUCAUGAGCAGCACUCACCUCAACUAAGCUAACAUUUCCCCAGGUGACAUCAGUAAGGGACCAUAACUUUCACCUGGUCAGUCUAUGCCAUAGACAGAGCAGGUGUUCCUAAAGUUUUGUACAUCAUGUAUAAGCCACUUAAGCCUAAAAAGUCUGUCAUAUAUUGUAUUUGUACUGUGUAGGCUAUAUGAUGUUCGCAAAUGCCUGUUUCAUUACUUUACUUCAACUACUUUGUUUGUCCCCAAGAAAAUGAAUGCAGUUCAUGUGUAUGUGUGGUUUUCAUAUGAUUUAUUUAAAACUUGUUUAAUAAACACAAUGUGACUUUUCA